GCAGCCGAUUCGUCCGCAGCAUGAGACGGUGGUGUCGGACCGGCGCGACCUUGGUGUUCGGAACGGGCCUCGGAGCCGCAGUCAGCGGCCUGCUGAGGCUCAGAGGCGCGCAGGAGGAGGAUGCCAGAGCCGGUCUGCUCAGCAGAGUCCCGGUGAUCCCGGUACCGAGCGUCCGGGCCUCCGAACUGACGGUGAGUCCAGGUGGGUCGGGAGCUGUAAUGAAGUAUGGCUUCCCCUCACUGGCCAACAUCAAGACCAGAGAGUCCUAUGUCACCUCCUACGACCCCCGCACCCGCACUGCAUCCUGGGUAAUAGAGAGACUGAACCCUGCGUCCCUGAGCGGCCCAUCAAACAGGAAGUACUGUGACUUCAAAGAGGACAACAGCAUACAUGUGUUUCACAGAUCGACCAAUGCUGACUAUAGGGGGAGUGGCUUUGACAGAGGUCACCUGGCGGCUGCAGCCAAUCACAAGUGGAGUCAGAAAGCCAUGGAGGACACCUUCUACCUGAGCAACGUCGCUCCACAGAACCCUCACCUGAACCAGAACACCUGGAACAAUCUGGAGAAACUGUGUCGCUCUCUGACCCAACGUUACCUCAACGUCUACGUCUGCACUGGUCCGCUCUACCUGCCCAGGCAGGAGGCUGAUGGGAAGCUCUACGUUCGUUACCAGGUUAUUGGACAAAACCAAGUUGCCGUGCCGACACACUUCUUCAAGGUGCUCAUCCUGGAGCCGGCGGACGGAAGGGGGGUGGAGCUUCGGCCUUAUGUUUUACCAAAUGAACCAAUAGAUGAGAAGAUUCCUCUGGAGCGUUUCCUGGUUCCCAUAGAAACCAUCGAGAGAGCUUCAGGACUUCUUUUUGUCCCGAACAUCAUGAAGAGGACAAGCAGCCUGCAGGCCAUCACUGGUAAAUGAACUAUGGUUCCCAGAAUCCUCUAGUGCUGGAUGAACAACACGUUAUUCUGCCUGACCUCUGCAACUCGACGUUCAGUUGAUGUCGUCACCGUCGUGAACUGGACGAGUUUCCGUCAGACACAGAAAUAAACCGACGGGUUGAAUCUGCAGCUUCGCUCUGAUGAUGAAACCGAAGCUUCUUUAUUUUGUUUAUGGAAAAUCUGUUUACAUGUAAACAUUCAGAGCUUUUGAUGUUUGAUUGACAGAUAUAAACCGUGAGCAGUGAGCAGA